UUUAUCUGCCUCGCGACCCACUAGGCUUCGGAGUCCCCAACGCCAGGCCCCGCGCUGCGCUAGGGCCCCAGCGACAGCAUGGGCGGCGCCCGGAACGCGGGCUGGGUGGCGGCGGGCUUGGUCCUGGGCGCCGGUGCCUGCUACUACGUUUACCGGCUGACGCGGGGUCGGCGGCGAGGCCACCGCGAGCAGCGGCUACGACCCUCGAAGUCCGUAGAAGACUUGACCAAUGGUUCCUAUGAUGAUGUACUAAAUGCUGAGCAACUUCAGAAGCUCCUUUACCUGCUUGAAUCAACUGAGGAUCCUGGAAUUAUUGAAAGAGCUUUGGUCACUGUUGGUAACAAUGCAGCCUUUUCAGUGAACCAAGUCACCAUUCGAGAGUUGGGUGGUAUUCCAAUUGUUGGAAGCAAAAUAGACCAUGCCAACCUCAGUAUUAAGGAGAAAGCUUUAAAUGCACUGAAUAACCUGAGUGUGAAUGUUGAAAAUCAAAUCAAGAUAAAGGUGUACGUCAGUCAGGUCUGCGAGGACGUCCUCUCCGGUCCCCUGGACUCCGCCGUGCAGCUGGCCGGCCUGAGGUUGCUGACAAACAUGACUGUCACCAACGACCACCAGCACUUGCUCAGUGGCUCCCUCACAGGCCUCUUCCGUGUGCUGCUCGCUGGAAACGGCAGCACCAAGGUUCAAGUUUUGAAACUGCUUUUGAAUAUGUCUGAAAACCCAGCCAUGACAGAAGGACUACUUGGUGCCCAAGUGGACUCAUCAUUCCUUUCCCUUUAUGAUGGCCAUGUAGCCAAGGAGAUUCUUCUCAGAGCUCUUAUGCUAUUUCAGAAUAUAAAUAACUGCCUCAAAAAGGAAGGUUAUUUAGCUCUUCAGCCUAAUUUCACUAAAGAUUCACUAUUUUUCCUGUUAUAUGGAGAAGAAUGUGCUCAGAGAAUGAGAGCUUUAGUUUUUCACCAUGAUGCGGACGUGAAGGAAAAGGUAACACUAAUACAAAAAUUGUAAUUGGUUGAUAAUAUUUUUCCAAAUAAUGCAGUGUGGAAGCAAUUCACGUAAGUUUAUUUUUCAUCUUCCUUAGUACAGUUAAGCUUGCCAUGGUUUUCUGGUGCAUUCUGUACAGUUUUAUUGAUAGCAAGUGAAUAUAAAGUUUGUUCUGUGACCAUCUUUGUUGAGAUUCUUCAGUUAUUUACAUGAAGUGACCCUUCUACUGUGUCAGGUGACUUGCAGUUUCUCCUCGGAGGCAGGAUUGGUUAUGUAAUGAGUUGUUUCAGAACUGCCUGGAUGACCUUGUCUCUAGUAGUGAUGAGAUUGUGAGUGCUCUUGUCCAUCUCAAGCCCAGAUACACUGCUUCCCAGCCUGUUCUAAUUAAUGAAAACUGUAAACUUUAAGGAGAAAUGUUUCUUAGUACUUACUGCCAUUCAGUGUAUCAAUAUGUAAAGAUGCUGUACAUGAAAGUAAUGGGUCAAAGCAGUAGUCUAGUCCUUAAAAAGAGCAACAGGUCUAAAUGUGCUAAAAAUUCUAUGAAAUUUAGGGUUGUUUUUUUUUUUU